GAAUUAUAUAUAUUUACUUUUUAUUGAUAUUAAAGUUAAAAAUCUACGUGUAUAAUAUUUUAUUUUAUGUUUCGAAUUUUGCCGCUUAUGUAAACUUUUCAGAUAAAUACCACAGUAGAGAUUUACUCCUACUCAACUACUAAUUUCUUGAUUUUGUUGUAUUCAAUUAUUUAUAUUUAUAUAUAAUAUAUAUAUAUAUUCGUUUAAGAAUCCUACUCGAACUUGGUCGAGCUCAACUCUAUAUAAUAAAUCCCCCAAAUCGUGUUGAUUAUUCUCUGUGCAUUCAUUAUUUGUUCUAAUUAAUAAUUACGGUAGUACUUUAAAAAGUUUUCUUGCCACUCUUUUAAGCAUGGCUUCCGAGGGAUCAAAUUCUGGCAGUGUUGGUUCUUCGACUUCAAAGUCACAAGAAUCGUUUGGAGGGGAGGAUAAGAUUGAUUUAGAGAAGUUGAUUAUGGAGUUAGAUAAACAGGUGCUUAAGUACUUUCCAAACAGAAGCGAAUAUAAGGAAGAUUGGGAGAUUGAUUUGGAGAAAUUGGAAAUCAAAGAUGUCAUUGAUCAUGGUACUUAUGGUACUCUUUACACGCAUGGUGUUUAUGAUGGCCAAGACGUCGCAGUGAAGGUAUUAGAUUGGGGAGAGGAUCAGAUUGUGACAGUUGCGGAGGCUUUGGGUCUUCGUGCGUCGUUUUUGCAAGAAAUCGUGAUUUGGCACAAAUUGAACCAUCCUAAUGUAUCAAAGUUCAUCGGGGCUUCAUUGGGAAUCUCAGAUGUCACCAACACUCAAUCUAGAGCGUGUUGUGUUGUGGUCGAAUAUCUUGAAGGCGCCAAGACACUCAAGAAAUACUUGAUAGAGAAUUUCAAAAAGAAACUCCCUUUCAAGAUCGUCGUCCAACUAGCUCUUGAUCUCGCUAGAGGAUUAAGCUACCUCCACUCUCAAAAGAUUGUACACCGCGAUAUCAAAACAGAAAAUAUACUGUUGGAUACGAAUGGAACGCUUAAGAUUGCCGAUUUUGGAGUGUCACGUGUUGAAGCUGAAAAUCCUACAGAGAUGACCUUGACAACCGGAACUAUUGGUUACAUGGCACCGGAGGUAAUUGAAGGAGACGCAUAUGACAGAAAAUGCGACGUGUAUAGUUUCGCCAUAUGUUUAUGGGAAAUCUAUUGUUGCGACAUGCCAUAUGCUGAUUUUAAAUCUGCCGAAUUAUCUUCUGCAGUGGUUAAACAGAAUUCACGGCCAAUCAUUCCAAAGUGUUGUCCACGCCCUUUCUCAAGUAUUUUAGAAAAAUGUUGGGAUGUAAAUCCGGACAAGAGACCAGAGAUGAAUGAGGUGGUGACGUUGUUGGAAGCCAUAGACACCAGCAAAGGAGGUGGAAUGUUGCCGGAGGAUCACACCUUCAGUUGUUUUUGCAUCAGCCGCCCUCGUGGUCCUUGAUCGAUCUCUACCUUUCAUCAAGUGCCAAUUGCAGAACCGAUUGUUUCACAAUAUAUCUCUCCUUUAUAGCAAACAUUGUGGUAGUUAUAGAAUUAUUAUAUCUAUAUAUUAAUAUAUAGAUACUAGUUGAAGAUUUAGGAACAAUUAAGCAUUUUGAUGCUAUAAGUUGUUGUUGGUCACAAUAAUUAAUUUUACAAAAAUAGGUGUUAUCUUCUUGUUGUGGAAAGUGUAUUGACUUGGUUUAAA